AGAUGAAGGAGCCCGGCCUGGGCCUGAGGAGGACAGAGAGGCGGAAUCGGAGCUGACGGUUACGGAGCUGAAGGCGCUGCGCCAGCAGCGGCAGGUGAACUUAGAGAAGAGGAUGUUGGGCGAAGACUCCGACGAGGAUGAGGAGAAAGGCGGCCCGGAGGAGCAGAGGCCGAGCGGCGUCCGGGAGGAGGACAGCGGCUGCUCCUGGGGGAUGGGGGAAGACGCCGUGGAAGACGAAGCUGAAGAGAACCCUAUCGUCAUUGAGUUUCAGGAGGAGCGAGAGGCCUUCUACAUAAAGGAUCCGAAAAAGGCCCUGCAGGGAUUUUUUGAUAGAGAAGGAGAAGAACUGGAAUACGAAUACGAAGAGCAGGGCCACAGCACUUGGCUCUGCAGGGUGAGGUUGCCCGUGGACGACGCGGCAGGGAAGCAACUGGUGGCCGAGGCGAUCCACUCAGGGAAGAAGAAAGAAGCCAUGAUCCAGUGUUCCCUGGAAGCCUGUCGCAUUCUGGACGCGCAGGGGCUACUGCGUCAGGAGGCAGUGUCCCGGAAGAGGAAAGCCAAGAACUGGGAGGAAGAAGACUACUACGACAGCGACGACGACACGUUCCUCGACCGAACCGGCCUGAUUGAGAAGAAGCGUCUCAACAGGAUGAAGAAGGCCGGGAAGAUUGACGACCGGCCAGAGACCUACGAUUCGCUGGUUGCGAAGUUGAACCGUGCUGAGCGAGAGCUUUCCGAGAUUUCCGAGAAGCUGAAAGCCUCAGGCAAAGCCCAGGCCGAGGCGGCCCCUCCGGAUCCCUUGGACGCGUUCAUGACCGAAAUGAAGUCGGGGACCGCUUUAGACGGGGUGUCCCGGAAGAAACUUCACUUGAGGACCUUUGAGCUGAGAAAAGAACUGCAGAGGCUUAAAGGGCUGAUCAACAUGGUGAAGCCGGCAGCAAUGCCGCAGCUGAAAUCCUCGACCGGAGGUCAGGCUACGCAUCUGGAGAACCCGGCUAGAAAGCUGACGCUCCCUUUGUUCGGGGCAAUGAAAGGAGGAAGCAAAUUCAAAUUAAAAACCGGAACCGUUGGGAAGUUACCUCCCAAGCGCCCAGAACUCCCCCAGAGCUUAUUGAGAAUGAAGGAUGAAGGGCCCGAGGAAGAGGAGGAGGAGGAGGAAGAGGAGGAAGAGGAAGGAGUGGGACAAGAAAAGGACACGGAAACGACGAACCGCCAGCCACGUACCAAGGGAAUGGAGUCCGAAGAAGCAAUUCAAGGGACCAGUCGCCAAGAGGAGACUGGUGGCCAAGGGGCCGGGGGCCGGGAGGAGCGGAAUCCAGCCGGCAAAGUGGCUUCGCCACCGGAGGAUCCAUCAGAGUCAAAGGGCGAAUGCAAGAAAAGUGAAGCUGCCCCGAAGGAAAAGGCGGCCUGGGGCCCAAGCAGACAGCCCCCGGUGCUCUCUUCAGGGUACCCAGAGGAUGAUCCGGACUACAGCGUGUGGAUACCCCCUGCGGGACAAAGCGGCGACGGCAGGACGCAUCUCAAUGAAAAAUACGGCUAUUGAACCUCCAGGCCUCGUUGCGGGGAUAGACACUGUCGCUGUCCCGGACCGCACGUCAGGAUGAGGGGUCCGGUGAAGAGUUCUGUUCAUCACCUGGGGAGCCUCGCGAAGACCUGGCCCUGCCGAGCUUAAUCUUCAACCUUAGCUUCCUCCUUCAAAGAUGCUUCUGGGUCCGUGAAGAGACAUGAGGAUGUGAAAAAGAGAACUGCAAACCUGUGGCAUGGGCAAUAAAGGGGUCUUGCAGAUUGUUUUGGUGGGGUUUUUUUUUUAUAUGAUUAAAGAUGAGAGAGAAUACGUA